AUGACGCCCUCUACCGACCGAACCGUCUGGAGCUUCUCCAAUGGCGAGGAUCCCAGCUUCUUGCGCAACACCAGCAGCAAUGUGUGGCUGCCCGGCGAACCAUCAGGAGGAGGGGAAGCUUGUGCGUUCUUCGGCUUCCAAACUGUACUGUAUGUGCUCCAUCAACGCGGCAAAUCCCAGCCCGACUGUCACCCCCUCGAGCAGCCCCUCAGCGUCGCCAUCUCCAAGCAGUACACAGUCUCCCACGAACAGUCCCACUCAAACUCCCUCCACUUCGCCUACAGCUUCCCCUUCUGUGACCCCUUCCACCUCGGCUUCUCCCACCGCUUCGCCUACAUCCUCCCCUUCUGUUACACCUUCCACCUCGGCUUCUCCCACCACUUCGCCUACAUCCUCAAUCUCUGUGACGCCUACCACCGGGCUCUCCCCCUCUCGCACCACUUCGCGCACUCCGACAGCAACUCCGACCGUCACGCGCUCGUCUACCGUCACGCCGACCGUCACGCCCUCGCCUACCGUUACGCCGACCGUCACGCCGACCGUCACACCCUCCUCCACCAUCACGCCGACCCCCUCCACCGUGCCUCAGGUGUCACCGGUGUCGAACGUGAUGGCCAGCGUCAAUCCCGAGGUGCCGAGGGACCUUCUGUGGGCGUGACGUCCGCCUUCCAGGAUCUUCAAGUGGGCGGCGACGAAGCGACAACCAUCAGUGCGUCAGCCAUCACGGUGCGAGUUGAGAACCGGACUACGGAAACUGAAUCCACCUCGGUGGAGACGGUCAUCUACUCGACUGUCCUGCCCGACUCCACGACCACUUUCGAGCAGUCGUUUGCCUUUCACCAGAACGCCUCGCAGUCCGAGUUCGCCCAGGUGGGCUUCCAGAUCGGCGCCAACACGCUCAAGUGGUCGCUCAACUUUACAGGCGGCGGCCAGGCUCGGAACUCGACGGUGCGGUACCGCCUGUCCGCCCUGACCUCGACCGCCGAUGUCGCCGUAGUCAGCUCCACGUCCGUCGUCACCUCCCGCACCAACUUCCCUGCCGUCAACAUGACCACCUACUUCUUCCCGCUGCUGGCCACGUCGGCCACCGCCGGCUCGAAUGGCACGCGAGAGCUGGCCGCGCGCCUCGCAGUGUUCGACGUGGCCAAGGUCGACGGCCAGAUCGUGCCCAUUGUGUCCCACCGGGUGGUGCUGCUCGAUCGCGAGUCCCCCAAUCAGCUGCCCGAGUACGUGCUCGAGCUCACCUUCCCGCCCUUCAACGACUCGCUCUUCUACGACCCUGCGAUCAGCAUGGGCCAGCUCCUGAACGCCGACCACGACCAACAGUCGUCGAGCGGCGACGACAGCUCCGUAAUGCUGAUCGGCGCCGCGGUGGCGAUCCCGAUCGCGCUGGUCGUGGUGGUGGCGGUGGCCUUCGGCGGUGCGCUCUACCUUCGCGUGCGACGACAACGGGCCCGCGAUGCGAGCAGGCGAGCCAUGCACGCGUCCACCAUGUACUGCAACACAACCGUGUUGCCAAUGACAGCAGUGAAAGAGGGGGUGGAGGAAGAGGAGUUCGUGGUCCACGACCCGCCGACGUCGGAUGACAUCGCCAACGACAUGUUUGCGCCGAACGACGAAGAGGACUCACUGCCGGGACGUUGA